CAAAGAGGAAAACCGGAAUGAGGCAUUAAUGCAACAUUGUGGAUGCCAACUAGGCUACAUUAGAACUUCAAAGAAGAAGAAGAAAAAGAGGCCAGUCUGCUGUCAUUUAGAACCAUGUCGUCCACUGAAAGUACUGACCUGGGCCGGGCGCUCUGUAUUAUCACCGGGGCCUCCAGAGGCUUUGGCAGGACUAUAGCGAGGGAGAUGUCUCGGUUGGUGAAGCCGGGGUCAGCGCUCGUCCUGGCGGCCCGCUCUGGUGAUGACCUGCGGGCUUUGCAGACUGAGCUGGCCGAGUCGGAGGCAGGCAAAGCGGGCCUGGUGGUUGAGUGUGUCGUGGCAGAUGUGGGUCAGAUUGAGGGACUGGAGAGCAUUGUCAAAGCUUCUAAAGAAGCUUUUUCUGACGAUAUAGAUCACGUUGUACUGGUCAACAAUGCUGCCUCUCUGGGUGACGUGUCCCGCUAUGCCAAAAGCUUCACCGACAUGGCCGAGGUGGACUCCUACUUGUCUCUCAAUGUCAGCUCCUCCCUGUGCCUCACCGCCAGCGUCCUGCAGGCUUUUCCACAGCGUCCAGGCCUGCGGCGCACUGUGGUCAACAUCAGCUCGCUGUGUGCCCUGCAACCUUUCCGCUCCUGGGUGCUGUACUGCACAGGCAAGGCUGCCCGAGACAUGAUGUUCAGGGUGCUGGCAGAAGAGGAGCCGGACCUUCGUGUGCUAAACUACGCUCCAGGGCCUCUGGACACAGCCAUGCUGACGGAGGCCAGAUCCAGAACAGCAGAUCCCAGCAUCAGGACGUCUUUUUCAGACAUGUUCGCUCAGGGCCAGGUGCUCACCUGUGAGGCCUCUUGUGCCAAGCUGAUGAAGCUGCUGCUGGAAGACAGCUACACAUCAGGAGCUCACAUCGACAUCUAUGACCUAGACACAGCUUGAGUAUUUACAGCUAGAGCUGCAACUAGUGAUUAUUUUAUUAUUAAUCUGUUGAUUAUUAUUUUUUGAUUUCUUGAGCAAAUCAAUUAGGUGGUCUAUAAAUGUCAGAAAAGCGUGAAAAAUGUCGAUCAGUGUUUGCCAAAGCCCAAGAUGGCGUCCUCAAAUGUUUUGUUUUGUCUGUAAUUCAAAGAUAUUCAGUUUACUUUUACGGAAGAGUUAAGAAACUACAAAAUAUUCACAAUGAAGGAGCUGGAAUCAACAAAAUAAUUGGGGAUUUAUAUUUAUUUAAUAGUUAAUUCUAAUUCAGCAAUUCAGCACACGGCAGAUAGUGCGGGACAGGAAGUCGAGCACAGAAACAAAAUAAAAAU